AAAUACUGUUUGUUUUACAUAAAUUUAAAUUUAUUGACUCGAUAAAAUAUAGAUGACACUAGUAAUUAAAGUCUGGGAUCUGACGCAAGAGAAGAAAUUGUUAAUUCUUAUCAAGGAUUUUGAUAGUUCAGAUGAUAUUGAAAACAAAGUUAAAACAAAGUUCAACCUUUCCACCAAUGAUUCAAUAAGAUUGGUCGUUGAGGAAGAUGGAUCAGAGGUUGAAUGUUCAUUUGAAAUGAUGCAAGCAAUAGGAAGUAGUUUAAUUUACACUCUUCUGGUGAAUGGUGAGAUAUGGACUAAGCGACUGCCACAGCAAUGUACUCCUGCUACAGUUCAAGAAGCAACUUCUAGUUCAAUCGGUAUUGGGUGCUUAACUUCAAGUUCAACUGGAAUUAUGUGUUCAACUUCUAGUUCAAUUGGCAUUGGGUCUUCCGAAUCUGACAAUGUGAAUCCUUUUAUUAGUAUGCAGACCUUCAAACAUUACCUUUUAAAACAUCCAGUCACAACAGAUUAUGUCAAAUCGAUUUUAGAAACAGGAGUAUUUACUAUUUUGGCUCGCCAGGCAAUUACUCGACUGGUUGUUCGUAAAAUGAUUAAUGUUUUUGGAAAUUAUCCUACACGUAGGCAUAAAGAAGAUGUUGCUAGUUUGCUAGGGCAACUAUUUAGUAUGGAGGCAAUUAUUUUCUUUGAUCCGUCUACAUAUUCAGGAUUUUUACAGCGGGGUACAGAAAAUGCUAGAAGAGAUUGGGAUGCUUUUGCUGAAAAUAGAGAAACCUGUGUAUCCUCCCAAACAGCUGCUUCAUCUGAUGGGUGUCCCAGAAAACUAACUGAUUGUGUUGUUUGCAAGGGUAAAGGUAAUGAUAAUAUAAGAGAUGUAGAAAAGCUUGCAUUUUUAUCAAGUACUCGUACGCAUGAAGUUAAGGAGUGUCUGGAAAAAACCUUUUGCAUUAGACAAUUUUGGAUAAUGAAUGAAUCACCCACCUUGUCUUCCAUAUUAAAAAUGUAUUCAAAAUUUCAAACCAUUCCAGAACUAUUAGAUGUCGAACUUCAAAUGAUGUUUUCUGACUGCACUACAGAUUUUUUAUCAGUAUUUCGGACAGAAAUUUUAAUCCCAGCAUUGGAAUUAACAGGAGAUAAAUCAAUAGAACUGAUAGCAGCCGAUGCUAAAAGAGGCGAUAAUGGUUGGCAUGCGUAUCAUGCUUGCAAAAUUAUUUCACUUAUGCUGAGAACAACCGUGAAACGGAAAAGGAUUUCAGGACUGGAGUCUUUCGACCAUUUAAUGAGGAUUAUUGAGCCAGGAAGUUCCAUGACAAAAGCUGCAGAAAACUGUUGGAAACCAUACCCAUUGCUUCUGAUACAAGGUAGCGUCAAUGAAAAAGUUUUAUUGGUAAAAAUAGCUGCUGAAAAAUCCAUAAUUACAGCUGGAUCAUCAAUUGAAGAGGGUAUCGAGCGAUUGUUUAAACUUUUUUGGUGUUUCAACUUAGAGUAUACCGAAGAAUGUGCGACUUUUUUUAAAUUUUUACAAUUAAUUUACAAUUUGGGAGAAAAACACUCAUUUCCAGCAUCGGUUUAUCAGCUUCAAGCGAUGUUGAAGAUAGUUAAGAAAUAA